GGCCUCGCCAUAAUAUCAUGGCACCUCUCCGGGGGAGGGAGCUGCCUGAUUGAUUGCCACAUUGUGGAUAUCCACUUCCAGUUUUAUUUGUGGGUUCUCUCUUGUACCUGAGGUAGCUAAGCCUGUCGCCCGGCGCCGGUUGCGACAUGGACAUGGGGAGGGGGAUGGGGAUGGGGAUGGGGAUGGGGAUGGGGAGGGGCAUGGACAGGGAGGAGGGGCUCAACCUCAGCUUGUCACUGCAGCGGUCGCCUUCGUCGCCGCCGAGAUUCCAGGCGGUGUUCGCCUGCUGCUACUGCCCCAGGAAGUUCAGGAGCUCGCAGGCGCUCGGCGGCCACCAGAACGCGCACAAGGUCCAGCGCAACCUGGCCAGGCGAGGCCGGGACGCCACCACGGCGCUGUCGUUGGCGGCGGCGGGAGAUCAAGGUAAGGCCGUCGUCGAUGACGACAGCGCUCCGCUGCGCCCAGCAGACCCCGACGCCGCCGACGCGUGGGGAGGUGGGAGGGUCUACCCUCCUCAUCGCCAGCAGGGCUCGGGAGCAGCCUCGUCCGGUGCGGCUAGAGGCAACGAAGAGCUUACGGAUGAGAUGAUUGACCUGUCCCUGAAGCUAUGAUCGCUCGAUGAAGGAGCAUGAGCUAGCUAGCUUGGCCCGAGCGGCAUGAAGUUCCCCUCUUCCAUUUGUUUCAUUUCUGCGCGUCAUUUCUUGUGUGUUUUUCUGCUAUCGCUUAUCAGGUUAAUUGUUGUUGUUGGCUGGUUUCUGCUAUGGGCUUGAAACUGUACUCGAUCUUCAGGUAUCUCCAUGCAUGGAUUGUUAACUACACUGAUCAGAAGCCUUUUAUGGAACUGUUUGCAGUAAUCUACUACCCCCUCUGUAAAUUUAUAUAAGAGCAUUUAGAUCACUAUUUUAGUAUUCUAAACAAUCUUAUAUUAGUUUACAGAGGAGUAGUUCUUGCCUGUAAAGUGUAAAUGACUAAAUGUGUGGUCCUAGAAUAACGUAUCUCUUGAUAAAUCUAGAGUAAGUUUGAA